GUUCCUGGGAGCCUGCAACGAUUUCAAGAGAGCCCUAGACUCUUGUCUUUACAAGGAGUACAAGCAACAGCAGCGGAAGAACUUACAACAAUCGAUAGCUUUGAAGAAACGGUAUCAGCAAAUGAACAAAGACGACUGAUCAUGGAGCCGGAGUAUAAUAUUCUUAAUCACACUAAAGACGCAGCCAACUUACAAGAGACUGUACCACCUCUAGACAUUUCUUUAAAAUUACAACGAAGCAUGCUCCAAUUAAAGGGACAUCACAUGACUGAAGAUGGGCGUGGCAUUGACUACGAGCGACUGAGGGAGAGUGAGCUGUUUCGUGAGUACAUUGAUCUGAGCACCCGAUUGGUCACCUGUGAUCCCUCCUCUCUGGACCACACCCACAAAAUGGCUUUCUUUAUUAAUAUCUACAACAGUCUGACUAUCCACGGGCUAGCUGCUAGUGAGGAGCUACCCUCGUCAGUGUUAGGGGUGGAGCAGUUCUGGCAAAAGACUGCCUAUGAUAUCGGAGGACUAGUGUAUUCAUUGGAUGAUAUUGAACAUGGAGUGCUGAGAGGUAACAAGCCACACCCAUCAGCCAGCAAACGUCCGUUCUCAGAGGAUGAUCCUAGAGCUAAGAUCUCACUCAAGUCAUGUGACCCUCGGAUACACUUUGCCCUCGUCUGUGGAGCAAAGUCUUGCCCGGCUAUCCAGGUGUACUCUGGUACCAACCUUGAGUUAGCUCUAAACAGUGCUGCCACCAACUUCUGCUCUCAGGAAGUAGAGGUGACUGCAGGAGGCGUGGUCAUCAGCAAGAUAUUCCACUGGUAUGCAUCUGACUUUGGGGCCACAGAGAAAGAGCUACUGCAGUGGGUGUGUCAGUACCUGCCAGUCAGCAAACAGGAGCAGCUAGAGAAGUUGUUAGCCUCCGGGCAUAGUGUAGAGGUUAAGAGUAGAGACUACGACUGGAAACUCAACAAAUUAUAGACUACCUCGUUAAUUAGUGUACCGUUAUUUAUAUCAAGCUUUUAUAGUUUCCUUGUGUCGACUACUUGUGCAAUGCUGAAUGUUCUUCAUAAACCAUCUCCUUAACAUUUCAAUAAA